AUGAGAUUUUCAAUUGCUACUUUAUCUUUAGCUGCUUUAACUGUUGUCAGUGCCAGUUAUGUUACCCGUGGUGAAGGUGUAUCCAGAGGUGAAAAAUACGAAUGUGAUUUCGAUACYUUUGAAUGGAAAUUCGGUUUAGCCGUYAAAGAAUUAAAACAUCGYGGUAAAAAUUGGGGUAAAGAUGUUGAUUUAGAUAUUGUUUAUGAAAGUGAUGAUGGUCAAUUGUAUCAUGGAUGCAAAGAUACUUACGAUGCUUCUAAAUGCAAAAACUGUUAUGAAACUUUUGAAUUCAGUGAUGAUGAUGAUGAAGGAAGUGAUUGUGAUGAUGAUGAUUGCAAAAAGAAGAAAAAGGCUCACAGAUAUACUAAACGUUGUGGAGGUGGCGAUGAUGAUGACUGUGAAGAUGAUGAACGUUGUAACUACCCAUACUGUGAACUUUAUGACGACAAUUGUGACUUGGUCAUCACUUUAAGAGAUGGUGUUUUACAUGAUGAAAGACACGCUACUGGUGAAAUUGUUGCCAAUCAUCAAUUCCAAUUCGAUAAACCACCACAAAAGGAUGCCUUACACAAGAAAGGAUUCUCCAUUGUUUACACUGAAGGUAAUUACUACUUGGCUCUUGACCACAAGAUCAAAUUCUGGCACUGUAAAGUUGAUGACAAUGGAUUAUACAAGAUCUAUGAUAAAUCUAUUGGUGAACAAUGUUCUGAAAUUGAACUCAUUAUUUUGAAAUCUGACAAAAAAGCUGAAUUYGAAUUCAGUGACAAYGAAGGUAGUGAUUGUGAUGAUGAUUGCAAAAGAAAGAAGAAACACGGUAAAAAAUACUAA